UACUACAAAUGGACCUACAAGCAGUUUUACCAAAGUAAUUAUUGAACCAUAAACCUAUAUAUAAUGGGUACUUAAUGUGAUGAGCCGUUAGUUCCUUGAGAAGUGUUGUUUUAUAAAAUGUUCACAAAUUUUAUUUUUUCCCCUCAAUUUAUCCACUACUCUGAUAAUUGCCUGUUUUUGUUGUUUGAGUUUAGAUAUUUCCAGUCUCUAUAAAGAGUAUUAACAUGUAAGACGUAUUCUGAAGCAGACACUAAGCACAUAUUGAUGAGUGAUGGCGUUCUUUGUUCUUGUCCAUUCAUUUGUGACCUACUUAAUCUGAAGUUCACUAAUCCAGCACAUUAUGUAUCAGGGUGUGACUAAACAUGGAGCUAAAUUGGGAUCGCUGUGUGAUUUGCCAGCACGACACUGCUGAACCCUUGAAGUGUCCCUUAAAGAGUCCUAGGACAAGUGUUGACAAGGCAUGUGCCUACACAUCAUUCCUGACCAACGUAGAACAGUUCAGGAAUAUUGGUGCUCUUCCUGUGAAACUCUAUUUUGGGAGUGAUGAAACUGUUGACAAUUUUGUUUCUCAUUCUGCCUCCUGGCACAAAUCUUGCCAUUUAAAGUUUAACAAUUCCAAGUUGGCAAAGACAAAUAAGAAGAGAGAGCCUAACCCUGAUGGUGAAGAGAAAAGGCCCAGUAAGCGCAAAUCACUAGAUGUUCAAAGGUGUAUAUUCUGUGAGAAAGGUGAAGAAGAAAAUGUUCUCCAUGAAGUUUCAACCUUGGAUACCGACAAAAAUAUCAGGGACAUGAUCACAGAGCUAAAUGAUACCCUGCUUAUGGCUAGAAUAGUUGGGGGAGAUCUAAUUGCAAUGGAGGCAAAAUACCAUCUGACAUGUCUGACCAAGCUAAGAAAUCGCUACCGUAGUCAUACCCGCAAGGCAGGCCAAGCAGCUGAAAACACAGAUGAAAAAAUGAACGAGUCUCGGGCAUUUGUGGAACUGACCAGCUACAUUGAGAAGUCUGUGGAUUCUGGAACUCUCCUCUUCAAGUUGAAUGAGGUUCACGAUCUGUAUGUGACUCGUCUUAAAGAACUGGGUAUCAAGAAACAAGUCAACAAGACCAGACUGAAGGUUCGUUUGCUAGGACGCUUCUCAGAGGCACAAGAACAGUAUGCUGGGAAAAACACUGUACUCAUUUUCAAGGAAGGCAUGCACAAUAUGUUGAAAGAAGCUCUGACGAGUCGAGACUUCUCAGCAGACGCUGUUAUCUUGGCCAAUGCUGCUACAAUAAUAAGAAAAGACAUCUUUAACCAUCAAGGCUUCAAAUUCACUGGUUGCUUCCCGGAAGAAUGUCAGGAAGACUCACUGCCCUCAAGCAUCAAGUCUCUUGUCUCCAUGAUCUUGAAUGGUCCCAACUUAAAACAUCAAGACAAGCGUGACUCCCAGGCUUGCCUCACAAUCAGCCAGUGCAUCACUUACAAUACAAAGAAACGGUCAUCUGAUACCACUGUGAAGACCAGACACACUCUGGAGCGUGAACCACCCCUCCCAAUCUAUAUUGGCAUCAGUAUGCAUGCACUGACUAGAAGCAAGAAGCUCAUCACGCAGUUGUAUCACUUUGGCAUCAGCAUUUCUUAUGACAGGAUUAUGGAGAUUGAGGAAUGGAUCGCAACUUCUACCUGUGAACGCUUUGUAGAAGAUGGAGUGGUGUCUCCGGCUAGCCUCCGGAAAGGUGUGUUCACUGUUGGCGCCCUCGACAACCUAGACCACAACCCGAGCUCAACCACUUCCAAAACAUCAUUCCAUGGGACUGGAAUCAGCCUUUUACAGUUGCCUACCAAGGCCAAACCUGGCGAGAGCAGAGCACCUGUUGUGAUACCACCUUCUGGAAAUGAAAAGCAUGCUCUUCCUGAUAGCUACGCCUAUGUACCAGCCACAGCUUUGAAGACAACUGCUGUUGCGGUGCCAGAAAGUGAAGUGUUUCCACUCGAGAGGUGCUUAGAUGCGGCCAAAGCAGGGGAACACAGUUGGGUAGAGCAUUCACUGCCACUUCUAGAGACAAAAGAACUCAUCAGUGGAGAUACUAUUUCAUGGGCUGCCUAUCAUGCCUCUAAUCAACCUCCGGUAGAAGACCCUCCAGCACAAUGUGCACUCCUUCCUCUCUUUUAUGAGAAGUCUGCAACUCCUGCUAUGAUUAAGCAUGGCAUGGAUGUCGAGAGCCAAGCUGUCGAAUUUCUGAACCCAGGACAAAUCCCAGUCACGACAUUUGACCAGCCUCUGUUUGCCUUGGCAAAGUUUGUACAGUGGAAAUGGCCAGACACUCAUGGUGAGAAAGUGCAUGUGGUUAUGCUAGGAGGUCUGCACACAGAAAUGGCACUAUGGAACACACUUGGGGAUGUCUUAGAAGGUUCUGGCUGGACCACAGCCCUCACAGAGGCAGAGGUAGCGUCAUCUGGCACGGCCGAUUCGUAUCUGAAGGCAGCACACUUAACUAGAACUAGGCGCGCCCACCAAAUCACUGUCUUGACUCUGCACAAUCUUCAGAGUGAGGCUUUCAUGCACAGCGACGGCCCCAAAGAUGAAGAAUCUUUCACGGCUUGGAAAAACAACAUGCAGAAGAGAAGUCCUACUUUCAUGUACUGGGACCUGAUCAUGAGAUAUGAAACCCUCAUUCUUAUCUUCAUCAGGGCUCACAGAGAGAAGAAUUUCCCUUUGUAUGUUGAAGUCUUGGAGGAACUCACACCACUGUUCUUUGCCUUGGAUCAUGUGAACUACUCACGGUGGAUGCCAGUUCACAUCAGAGAUAUGAAGUCUCUGCCCGACACUAUCAAGGAUGAGUUUGAGAAUUUUUCUCACUGGGUCCUUUCCAAGACAAGAAACAAAUUCUCUGCAAUCCCAUUUGAUCAAGCUCAUGAGCAGGAAAACAAGAUCGUGAAAGGUUCUGGUGGAGCUGUUGGACUCACAGAAAACCCUGUGGCUUUUCGACGAUGGAUGCUUUCGGGACCAGAGAUGUCCAGGCUGCUAAAGCAAUUCGAAGAAGAAUACCUUCCUGAUGAUGACACAGAGAUCCCGGAGAACUUCCAGCAUCAUGAGCAGGGUCUCUCAACACAGAAGACCUUCCAGCGACAGGUUGUCAGCCUCUCCGAUACCAUCAGACGAAUGGGCAAUCCCUUCUUGGAUGAUUUCUCCGAACUAGUAACUCUUGACAGUCGCAACUGUGCGGAUGAAUCAGUGGUAGCCGCAUUGCACACAUUGGAGGAUACAGGCAGGAAACAGUACAAGAACUUUGUCAAGAAUGUGCUUGAUGUUCGCAGCCACUCCAUCCAUGACCCAAUCAAGAGGAAUUCUCUAGCACUAUUCAGUAAACCUAAACGGAAGGUAACAUCUAAGCAGGGGAAGAAGAUCAAAGUGCUUCAAAACAACGUGGCACUCUUCGGCCAGUUGUACAUAUCUAUGCAGAACCGGGAAGGUGACUUGGCAGAGUUCUUUGCACAUGAGAUACAGUCCUUCCCUCCUUCCCUCUCAGACUUUAACAAGCUUCAUUUGCCCAGCACGAAGUCGGACCUGCUGAAAUGUCUUGAGCAACCUGGUCAAUCAGAGCCACCUUCAACCUAUGACUGCAAAGUCCUGGAUGGUGCCGUCAUCGUACACUGUCUGCCCACUACCAGCGUCAGCACAUUCCAUGAGUAUGCAGACAGGGUAUUCAUCCCAUACCUGGAGAAGCAGCUUCAGGACGCCAUGAGGUUGGAUGUCGUGUGGGACACAUACAUUCCAGAUAGCUUGAAAGAAUCUACCCGGGAAAAGAGAGGCAAGGGUGUGCGCAGGAAAGUAUCGGGUGAGACCAAACUACCAGGCAAUUGGAUGGACUUUCUCCGUGACCCACUCAACAAGAAAGAGCUGUUUGCCUUUUUGACUUCCAAGAUUGAGGAUUUCAACUUGCCGCCAGCCAAAGCUGUAUAUGUCACAUCCGGGAAAUCUGUGGCAUCCAUUGGUACUGGCAUCCCCAUGCAAAACUGUAAUCACGAGGAGGCGGACACUAGAGUUGUGGUUCAUGUGCUACAUUCUCUGAAACACGGGGGAAAGACUAUCCUUGUGCGAACUGUGGACACAGAUGUUGUAGUAAUCCUUGCUGGCACAUUCCAUAAUCUGAUUUCAACUCAACCUUUGGCUGACAUCUGGGUGGCCUUUGGCAUGGGCAAGAAUUACAGGUUUUACCACAUCAACGCCAUCUACUCGAGCCUAGGGCAGCAAAAAUCACGUGCAUUACCCAUGUUCCACGCAUUUUCAGGUUGUGACACAACCUCUGCUUUCAAUGGCAAGGGCAAGAAGUCAGUUUGGCAGGCCUGGCAGAUCUAUAAAGACGUCACACAGACAUUUGUGUCUCUAGCCGACCAUCCUUUCCAGAUGCUGGAACUCAACGACGACUCGUUCCUAAAGCUCGAGAGACUGACUGUUAUCCUGUAUGACAAAACCAGUCCUUUGAACUCUGUCAACAAGACAAGACAGGAACUCUUCUGCCAUAAGAAUCGAGCAAUGGACAAACUGCCACCCACCAAGGAUGCACUACUCCAGCAUGUCCGCCGUGCAGUGUAUCAAGCGGGAAUCUGGACGACCUGCACUCAAACACAGCCAGUGGUUCCUUCUCCAAAGGACUUUGCCUGGACCAAAAUAUCAGAGUCAUGGGUACCAGUUUGGAUGACAAUUCCAGAGAUUUCCAGAUCAUGUCGUGAACUUAUCAGAUGUUCAUGCAAAGGUGACUGCUCCAACUGCAAAUGCGGCAAAGCAAAUUUGGACUGCUCACCACUUUGCAAGUGCAGUUGUACUACAUAGAACAUUGUAAACUGUAAGCGAUUUUAUUAUUAAACAUCACUUAACAAUCCCACAUACUUAGAAAAUUGAGAAAACUAUGAAAGUUUCUUUUACACUGCAAUCCAUUUCAACCACAUGCAAUGCUCUAAUCUCCGUGAUGUGAGAUAUAGUCAUGAAAAUUAAGAAUUGUUUUUUUUUGCUGAAACGCAAGUUUUAUCUAGUUAUUGAGAACGAAUGAAUGUUUACUAAAAUGGGUGAUCAACUUUAACUUCAAAUCAGAAAAGCAGACACUGAUCCGGGGAGGUGGUGGUCAACGCACCCCCCCCCCCCCCAUGGAUUAUACAUGGUAUGUGGUAAACGCUUGGAAUAAGUGCUAGAAAGCAUACUGCGCAUAUGAGUUUAUUUAUUUCAUUUCUUUUGUGAACAAAAAUCUAUUGGGCCUGAACCCUCUCCUCCCGCCUUCUUAAAACAUUCCGGGAUCCGCCCCUGAAGAGGGUGGAUUGUUAUUGAAAGUUGAAUAAAAACGGUAUAUAUAAUAAUUAAAAAUGUUUUGUUAUUUUUAUAAUGUCCAAUUAUCCAAGAGUCACACAUUUCAAUGAUUACUUUGGUGAAACUGCUUGUAGCUAGGUCCACUUGUAGUAUUGCAAUUUAUCCAAACUUGAAUUGAAUUUGAUCAGUGGCCUCUAUACAUAUAUUUCGUAACCAUUUAAAACUUUUUAUGAUUCUCAGGAAUGAGUGGAAUUAUGUCACAAAUGUCAGCUAACUUGGAAUUCUGUGUUUUACAUGAUUUUUUUCAAAAAUUCUGAAAGGCUCCUAGGCUAUGAUUAGUUGAUAGUAACGCUUAGCCACCUGACAUGAGCGUGUUCUGUUGUUAAGACUUAUUACUGGCGACUGGCAACAUUCUACCCCCAGAGUAUGCAAAUUAUUAAGGUUUAACAAAAUCAACACGGGGGCUCCGAAACAACGCCCCGACCUUCUU